AUGGCCUAUAAACCUCGAAAGAAUGGAACUCUACAAAAGGGCCAGUCGCCGGGGCCCACAAAGGCAGUCACACCGAAAAAGACGAGCUACGCAUCAGAAGGAGUAACAGACAACGAUGUCUUCCUCCUUCCCGUAUCCGACUACCAGCUCAUGGGGCUGUUGACGAUGCUCGCUGCGGUGGUGCGGCUGUUCCGGAUCUACCAGCCCUCAAGUGUAGUCUUCGAUGAGGUUCACUUCGGUGGUUUUGCAACCAAGUACAUCAAGGGAAAAUUCUUUAUGGACGUCCACCCGCCUUUGGCUAAAUUGCUCAUCACACUCGCCGGUUGGGCCGCCGGGUUCAAGGGUGAUUUCGACUUCAAAGAUAUCGGAAAGGAUUAUCUGGAGCCAGGCGUCCCCUAUGUUGCGAUGCGCAUGUUACCCGCAAUUCUUGGUGUCCUUACGAUCCCUACUAUCUUCCUCACCCUGAAAGCUGCCGGAUGCAAGACGAUUACAGCUUCGUUGGGAGCGGCCCUGCUCAUUUUUGAGAACGGCCUGGUCACACAAUCCCGACUGAUUCUGCUCGAUUCUCCAUUGGUAAUUUGCACUGCUUUUACUGCUCUGGCAUGGACUUGCUUCAGCAACCAGCACGAACUCGGUCCUGAACGAGCGUUUGAUGCCAGUUGGUGGUUCUGGCUAGCUGCAACAGGUCUCGGUCUAGGAGCGACUGUCAGCGUCAAAUGGGUUGGCCUCUUCACGAUUGCUUGGGUCGGCAGCUUGACCGCGUUGCAACUGUGGCUCCUGCUCGGUGACACUGUCAAUGUCCCAGCGAGAAAGUGGUUCAAGCACUUGUUUGCUCGGAUCUUCUGCUUGAUCGUCAUUCCGGUUGCAUUUUAUGUCGGCAUGUUUGGCAUCCACUUCCUGUGUCUAGUCAACCCUGGCGAUGGUGAUGGAUUCAUGUCCUCUGAAUUUCAAGCCACGCUCAACAAUAAGGGCAUGGCCGAUACCCCUGCGGAUGUGGCUUUUGGUAGCGAGGUAUCUAUCAGGCAUCACAACACACAGGGAGGCUACCUUCAUUCUCACUCUCACAUGUACCCCGGUGGUAGCAAACAGCAACAGGUCACACUAUACCCACACAAAGAUGAAAACAAUGUUUUCCUCCUUGAAAAUCAAACCCAACCAAUCACCGCAGAUAACAUCACUAUUCCUGGGCCUCAGGCUUGGGGCAAUCUCACUGACGGCCCUCAAUGGAUCAAAGACGGCGACGUUAUUAGGCUCUACCACACCAUGACUCACCGACGCAUUCAUUCUCAUGAUGUUCGACCUCCGAUCACCGAAGCAGAGUGGCAGAACGAAGUGACUGCUUAUGGUUAUGAAGGCUUUGAAGGCGAUGCCAAUGACCUCUUCCGAGUUGAGAUUGUCAAGUCCAUGUCUGACGGCGAGGAGGCUAAAGAGAGACUGCGAACCAUCCAGACAAAGUUCAAGCUCGUGCACAUCAUGACUGGCUGUGUUUUGUUCUCCCAUAAAGUCAAACUCCCGGAUUGGGGUUUCGAGCAACAGGAGGUCACUUGCGCUAAAGGCGGAACGCUGCCAAACAGCGUUUGGUACAUUGAACAAAACUUCCAUCCUCAGCUGGAUGAAACAGCUGAAAAGGUUAACUACCGGAAUCCCGGUUUCUUGGGCAAAUUCUGGGAGUUACAGAAGGUGAUGUGGAAGACCAACGCAGGCCUGGUCGAGUCACAUGCCUGGGAUUCUAGACCUGGUUCAUGGCCAAUCUUGCGACGUGGUAUCAAUUUCUGGGGCAAAGACCAUCGCCAGAUCUACCUUCUUGGGAAUCCUGCGAUCUGGUGGUCGUCCACCCUCGCCAUCCUGACAUAUGUUGUCUUCAAGGGGAUUGCUGUCCUUCGAUGGCAGCGAAGCUGCAACGACUAUUCAAAUGUCACUUUCAAGCGAUUUGACUACGAAAUCGGCCAGACUGUAUUGGGCUGGGCGCUGCACUAUUUCCCGUUCUACCUCAUGGCGAGACAACUGUUCUUGCAUCACUAUUUCCCAGCACUCUACUUCGCCAUUAUUGCGAUGUGCCAGAUCUUCGAUUUUGCUGCGAACCGGAUUGCUUCCCUCGGUUUGAAACAGCGUCCUGAAAUCGGUCGUGCUGUAGCAGUUCUUUUUGUCGCGUUCGCUGUUGGAGUGUUCACUCUCUACGCGCCCCUCGCGUACGGGAACACUUGGACGCAAGAUCAAUGCAGGGCAGUCAAGCUCUUCGACACAUGGGACUUUGAUUGCAAUACCUUUUACCACGAUUACUCUCAGUAUGCUGAAUCCCAGCCGAAUGUAGGGGGUGCCACUCCCACAGUCCCUUCAGCACAAGUUGCUUCGACACGAAAAGAUGACCCAUCGGCGGUGACUCCACAAGCUGCUGAACCCAAUGUCGUUGGCCUAGAAGAGCGCGUGGAAUACCGUGACCAAGAUGGAAACUUGUUGGACGAGGAGCAAGUCCAAGCCCUACUGAAUGAAGGAAAAGCUUCGUUCCAGACUAGAUACGAAACAAGAACACGACUUGUUGACGAAGAGGGCAACGAAAUUAACCCGUCGGGUGUUGCGCCAGACCAUCCUGACGUCGAAGGCCAAAAUCCUUCAACGAGGGGCGUACCCGAAGAGCAGGCCAAGAACAAGCCUGCGGAAGCCAACGCUGGAGGGUCAGCAAAGGUAGAUCAGGGGGAUGAGAGUAAAGCAAAGCCUGCGAGCGAUGCUAGCGAGGCGACAAAGUGA